AUGUCCCUCAACGUCCCCAACCCGACGCUGCCAACCGGCUCCACCAUCGUCCUCACAGGCGCAAACGGCUACAUCGCAAGCCACAUCGCAAACCAACUACUUCUCCAAGGCCACCAGGUCCGCGGCACCGUCCGCUCCCCGUCCAAAACAGCAUGGUUAGCCACCCACUUUGACAAGACCUACGGCCCCGGCAAUUUUACCCUCCACGAGGUCGCCGACGUCGAGAAGGACGGGGCGUUUGAUAGCGUCGUAGAUGGCGCCGACGCAGUAAUCCACACCCUGGCAAUAAUGAACUUCUCCCCCAACGGCCCAACCCCCGAGGAAAUAAUCACCUCAAACGUAAACGCAACCCUCUCCAUCCUCCGCUCCGCAGCACGCUUCGCCGCUCCCUCUCCAGAUACACCCGGCGUAAAACGCUUCAUCUACACCUCCUCCUCGGGCGCAGCCGCCAUGCCUCGCCCCGGAGAACCUUACACCGUCGACGCGACCUCGUACAACCACCAGGCCGUGGCCAUCGCCCUCUCCGGAAAGGGGCCCAAGGGCAUGGCGGGCGGGUACAUCACCUACUCCGCCGCAAAGACCAGGGCCGAGCUGGAGUUGUGGAAGUGGUAUGAGGAAGAGAAGCCCGGGUUUGUCUUGAAUUCGAUCGUGCCCAAUGCCGCCCUGGGCAGAGUCCUCCUCCCGGAUCACCAAGGCUUCCCCACUGCCGUUGGCGCAAUGCGACCCCUCUGGCAGGGAAACAUCACGCCCGAGUUUGUCGCAAUGUUCCCAGCUCAAUGGUACUGCGAUGUCAUCGACAUAGCUCGAAUCCAUAUUGCAGCACUCCUCCUCCCAGAUGUCCAGUCCGAACGCCUCAUCGCCUACGCAGGCAAGUUUAAUAUCAACGAUCUCCUCGCCGCCUUCCGCCAAAUCCAACCAGACCGAACCUUCCCCGACGACCUUCCCGAUCUCCCCUCCGAUAAGGGCACUAUUGCCAACGAAAGAGCCACUCAGCUGAUGGAACGUCUUCAGGGUGGCAAGGGCUGGACGAGCUUGAAAGAGUGCUUGGCGCCGUUGGCUGCGCAGUAUGCGGCGGCUGAGGCGGAAUCAAAGUGA